AUGGCUCAGAACCCUUCAGACGCUCCUGUAGGGGAACAUGUCAUACACGUUGUCCCUUAUCCCACAACCAAGCUCACAUCAGAGGGUGAGGGUGGUAGUGGUCAUGACGCUCACCAGCUAGAGCAAGGCCAAGUUUCCAUGCCUGAACAGUUCCAAUAUGACAUCGACAAGGUCGAACGAGUCUACCGCAAACUCGACCUCCGCAUCAUCCCCGCCUUCUGGAUCCUCUACUUCCUCUGCUCCGCCAUCCGCUCCAACAUCGGCAUCGCCCAGACCAUGAACCGCGACGUCCACCACGACCUCGUCACCGUCCUGGGCAUGACCGCCAAAGACACCUCCACAGCCCUCGCCCUCUUCUACGUCUCCUACGUCAUCUUCGACCUGCCUUCGAACCUCGUCAUGAGCCGACUCUCGCCCCGCGCCUGGAUGGCUAGGAUCGUCUUCGCCGUCGGACUCAUCGGCACUUGCUUCACGGCCGUCAAAGCCCCCUGGAGCGUCAAAUUCCUCCGCUUCUUGUUGGGUGUCGUCACGGCGGGUAUGUGGCCCGGCAUGUCCUACUACCUGACACUGUUCUAUCCUCCUUCUCGUACCGGCAAGAGAAUCGGCAUGUACUAUACCGCGGCGCAGCUGUCGGCGGCCGUGGUCGGCCUGGUGUCGGCUGGGUUCCAGAAGAUGGACGGGCUAAGGGGAUUGACUGGUUUCCAGUGGAUGUUCCUCGUUUAUGGGCUGCUGGGCGUUGCGCUGGGUAUUUCUUUGCUUUUCUGGUUGCCCGAUCGCCCCCUGGCUCCGGGAGAGCAGAGGGUUAGGCAUAAGUGGUUGAGGUGGUUGCCUACUAGCCCUGAGGCGCUGAAAGGCGAAGAUGCGUUGAUCCAUUAUCAUGAUCUGAGGAGAGUGUAUCACUCGCGCCCUUGGAACAUGAAGGAUCUGUGGUACGUCUUGAUCGAUUGGCGUCUGUGGCCCCUGGUGCUCAUGUACUUUGGGGUUGUAGGCGUUGGUAUUGGCACGCAGCUGUAUGGGAGCGUCAUCAUUGCUUCGAUCAACUCGAGCUUUAGCGGGAUUACGGUUAGCUUGUUGUUUGCGCCUAUUUGGUUGACGGACUUCCUCGCUAUCGUCCUCGUCACCCCCAUCUCCGAUCGCUUCCACAAAUAUCGCGCCGUCUUCUUCUCCAUGGGCGCCCUCAUCCAAAUCGCCGGCCUCCUCACUGUCACUUUCGCUCUCUCCAACCCGUGGGCCCGUUACGGCGGCUUGCUUAUGAUCGGCUUCGGUCUCGGCCCCACCGUGCCCGUCUGCAUGGCCUGGACGAACGAGAUCUUCCAGAAGCGUCACCGCGAGGUCGGCGUGGCCGCUGCCUCCGCUCUCGUUUCCGGUCUUGGUAACCUGGGUAGUAUCACCACUACCUAUGCCCUCUACACCGGCUGGCCCGAGGACGCGGCCAAGGGACCUCAUCAGUACCGCAAGAGCAAUUACACCAUGAUUGGUAUUUUGGCCAUGAGCAUUGCCAGCAGUAUUGCCAUGACGGUUCUCCUCAGCAUCUUUGGCAACGAGCCCAGCCAAAGGAUCGUCACAAGCAGUGGUAGCUCGGCAACAGCCGUUGGGGAAGAAAUCCAGGACGGUGCUGCUUUGCGCGAGAAGCAGCAGCGUGGCUUUGGUGGGAUGUUGGGGAGGAAGAAGAACUAA